UGGCCGAUGAAAAGCCCAAGGAAGGAGUCAAGACUGAGAACAACGAUAUUAAUUUGAAGGUGGCGCAGGAUGGUUCCGUGGCACAGUUUAAGAUUAGGAGGCAUACACCACUUAGUAAACUAGUGAAAGCCUGUUGUGAACGACAGGGUUUGUCAAUAAGGCAGAUCAGAUUCCGAGUUGACGGGCAGCCAAUCAAUGAAACAGACACACCUGCACAGUUGGAACUGGAGGAUGAAGAUACAAUUGAUGUGUUGCAGCAGCAGACAGGAGGUGUUUACUAA